UUUAGUUGAAUAAAUGAAUCAAAGUAUCAAUAUAUGAAAACUAUGAUGAUGGCAAUGAAUGUUGUUAUUCUUUAUGGAAUUGUUAUGAUUCUUAGCUCUAUGGCUAUAAUUGAAGCUACAAUAUUAUUCAACAAUGAUAUUACUAAGUCUCUUAACCGUAGUAGUUUCCCACAAGGUUUUAUUUUUGGAACAGCAUCAUCAGCUUACCAGUAUGAAGGUGGAGCAAAUGUUGGUGGAAGAGGACCAAGUAUAUGGGACACUUUCACACAUAAUUAUCCAGAUAAGAUAAAAGAUGGGAGUAAUGGAGAUAUAGCCAUCGAUGAAUAUCAUCGUUAUAAGGAAGAUAUUGAGAUCAUGAAGGACAUCAACAUGGAUGCUUAUAGAUUCUCCAUCUCUUGGUCCAGAAUAUUACCUAAUGGAAAACUUACUGGGGGAGUAAACAAGGAAGGCAUAAAAUAUUAUAACAACCUCAUUAAUGAGCUCUUAGCCAAAGGUCUUGAACCCUUUGUGACUCUUUUUCAUUGGGACCUUCCUCAAACACUUGAAGAAGAAUAUGGUGGCUUUUUAAGUCCAAAUAUAGUGAAUGAUUUUCGAGACUAUGCGGAGCUUUGUUUUAAAGAAUUUGGAGAUAGAGUGAAGUAUUGGAUCACAUUAAAUGAACCAUGGUCAUUUGCAAAUCAUGGUUAUGUUGAUGGGCAGUUAGCACCUGGACGAUGUUCACCUUGGCAAAACCUAAAUUGCACUGGUGGUGACUCAUCCAUUGAACCCUAUAUAGUGGCUCACAAUCAAUUACUCGCUCAUGCAUCUGCUGUCAAUGCCUACAAAACUAAAUAUCAGGCAUCUCAAAAGGGCAUGAUAGGAAUAACACUAGUGUCUCAUUGGAUGAUGCCAUUAUAUGAUACAAAAUUGGAUCACGAUGCUGCACAAAGAUCCAUUGAUUUCAUGUUUGGAUGGUUUAUGGAUCCCUUGAUAGUAGGAGACUAUCCAAGCUCUAUGAGGUUCUUGGUAGGGAAUCGAUUACCAAAGUUCUCAAAAUAUCAAGUCAAGCUUGUAAGAGGGUCAUUUGAUUUUAUUGGAUUAAACUAUUACACUUCCUUGUAUGCAACUCAUGCACCUGAAUUAAUUGAAGCCAAACCUAGCUACAUUACAGAUCCACUUGUUAUUCUUACAAAUAAGAGCAAUGGAGUACCUAUUGGUCCAAUGGCUGCUUCAACAUGGUUGUCAAUUUAUCCAGAGGGAAUUCGAGAACUAUUGCUCUAUAUUAAAACUAAAUACAACAAUCCCUUGAUCUACAUCACUGAAAAUGGUAUGGAUGAUUUGAAUGAUCCAACAAUUUCUCUUGAGAAAGCACUCGAAGAUACAAUAAGGAUUGAUUACUUCUAUAAUCAUCUCUAUUAUCUUCAAUCUGCGAUAAAGGAUGGGGCAAAUGUGAAAGGAUAUUUUGCAUGGUCAUUACUUGACAAUUUUGAAUGGGCUUCAGGCUACACAGUGAGAUUUGGAAUGAUCUUUGUAGAUUAUAAUAAUGAUCUCAAAAGAUGUCCAAAAAUGUCAUCCCAAUGGUUUAAGAGGUUUUUACAACAUAGAAUAGUUGGAUAUGGUGAUUCACGCUAAGGUGAACUUCAUUAAAUAUCACAUGUAAUUUAGGAACUUAAAUAAAAUUGAUACAAUGAAAAUUAUGAUUCAAUGGUAUAAUCUUAUUUUUAAAAAUUGUACGAAGAUCCAAGUUCUUAGAUUUGUGUAUAUAAGAGGUUUGUAAUGUCGAACAAUUUAUUAAUUUAUUUUAGUUCUUUAUUUAUGUAAAAUUAUAUAAAAUAGAAGCUUUGAUAAAUAUGAUUUCUGAACAUUUCUAAAA